AACCACGUGACCAAAACUUUUCUCUCUCAGUGUGCACCCUCUCGCGGAUCAGGCAGUUAACGAUGGAAAAUGGCGCUUAGAUGCGGCUUCCCAGCUCACUAACAGUGAAGACAACCACACAGAAAGUCCGGGGGGGAGAAGCUGUGCAUGUGGCUGGACCGGUGAACGCCAUUCCGAGCUGAUAGUCUGUGAGUUUGAGUGAGGAUGUCGCGCUGGAUUCCUACCAAGAAGGAAAAGUACGGCGUCGCGAUUUAUAACUAUGAUGCUCGCAGUGAGGAGGAGCUUUCACUGCAAAUUGGAGACACAGUACACAUACUGGAGACGUAUGAAGGCUGGUACAGGGGACACCGACUGAGGAGGCGCUCAAAAAAGGGCAUAUUUCCUGCCUGUUACGUACAUUUGAAAGAGGCUACAGUUGAAGGCAGUGGACCAAAGGAGACAGUCAUUCCCACAGAGCUGCCUCUGGUGCAUGAGGUCACCACCACUCUGCGGGAAUGGGCUUCCAUCUGGAGGGAUUUGUAUGUGGGUGACAAGCGUGAGAUGUUUAAUACCGUUCGUGACAUGAUCUAUGAUCUCAUCGAGUGGCGAUCACAGAUUCUGUCAGGAACUCUUCCACAGGACGAGCUCUCCGAACUCAAGCAGAAAGUCACCUCCAAGAUCGACUAUGGCAACAAGGUUUUGGAUCUGGAUCUGGUGGUGAGAGAUAAGGAUGGGAACAUUUUGGACCCAGACCUCACCAGCACCAUCAACCUGUUCCGAGCACACGAGGCUGCAUCCAGACAGAUCGAAGAACGCAUUCAGGAGGAGAAGUCUCAGAGACAGAAUCUGGAUCUGAGUAGACAGGCCAAGUUUGCCUCCACGCCGUCCUUUGCUCUGUUUGUGACGCUGAAGAACGUGGUGUGUAAGAUCGGAGAGGAUGCUGAGGUGCUCAUGUCCCUCUACGACCCCAAUGAGUACAAAUUCAUCAGUGAGAACUACCUUGUCCGGUGGUCCAGCUCUGGUCUGGUCAAAGACAUCGAUCAGCUUCACAACCUGCGAGCCGUGUUCACAGAUCUGGGCAGUGAGGAUCUGAAGCGGGAGAAAAUCAGUUUUGUCUGUCAGAUCGUCCGAGUUGGGCGCAUGGAACUGCGUGACAACAACACUAAAAAGCUGACGUCUGGGCUCCGAAGGCCCUUUGGAGUGGCAGUAAUGGAUGUCACUGAUAUCAUCACUGGCAAAAUGGAUGACGAAGACAAGCAGCACUUCAUCCCUUUUCAGCCGCUUGCGCUGGAUGACGCCAUCCGCCACAGGCAGCUGAACAUCUCCCGUUUUUCACCCAGGGUGGCAGGAGAGAAUGACUUUCUCCAGAGUGUCAUCAACAAAGUCAUCAGCGCCAAAGAGGUCAAUCAUAAGGGCCAAGGGCUUUGGGUGACUCUGAAGCUGUUGCCCGGUGAUAUCCAUCAGAUCCGGAAGGAUUUCCCCCACCUGGUGGACCGCUCCACUGCCGUCGCCCGCAAAAUGGGCUUCCCUGAGAUCAUCAUGCCAGGUGACGUUCGUAAUGACAUUUAUGUGACACUGACUCACGGGGACUUCGAUAAAGGCAGUAAAACCACACCCAAGAACGUGGAAGUCACCAUGUCUGUGUACGAUGAGGAGGGCAAGAGACUGGAGAAUGUGAUCUUCCCUGGUGCUGGAGAUGAGGGAAUUACAGAGUACAAGUCUGUCAUUUACUAUCAGGUCAAACAGCCGCGCUGGUUCGAGACCAUCAAGGUGGCCAUCCCUAUUGAGGAUGUUAACAGGAGUCAUCUGCGCUUCACUUUCAAACAUCGGUCGUCUCAGGACUACAAAGACAGGUCAGAGAAGAUUUUUGCCUUGUCUUUUGUGAAGCUGAUGAGAUAUGACGGCACAACACUCAGGGAUGGAGAACACGAUCUUAUCGUCUACAAGGCUGAGGCUAAGAAGCUGGAAGACUCUUCUCUCUAUCUGAGCCUACCAGCCACCAAACUUGAGCUAGAGGAGAAAGGCCACUUCCCCACAGGCAAGAGCUCACAGAGCCUGGGCAACUGUACCAUCAGCAAAGACUCCUUCCAGAUUGCCACUCUGGUGUGUUCCACCAAGCUCACGCAGAACGUGGAUCUGCUUGGUUUGCUGAAAUGGCGCUCGAACACCAGCCUGCUCCAGCAGAACUUGCGUCAGCUAAUGAAGGUGGACGGAGGAGAGGUGGUCAAGUUCUUGCAGGACACUCUGGAUGCUUUAUUCAACAUAAUGAUGGAAAACUCUGACAGUGACACAUUUGACACACUGGUGUUUGAUGCCUUGGUGUUUAUAAUUGGAUUGAUAGCAGACAGAAAGUUCCAGCAUUUUAACCCUGUUCUGGAGACGUACAUCCGGAAACACUUCAGUGCCACCCUGGCUUACACGAAACUGACGAAGGUUUUGAAGAACUACGUGGACCAUGCCGAGAAGUUGACAGAUCAGCUGCUGAAGGCCAUGAAGGCUCUGGAGUACAUCUUCAAGUUCAUCGUGCGAUCUCGGGUCCUCUUCAACCAGCUGUAUGAGAAUAAAGGAGAAUCAGACUUCAUGGAGUCCGUGAGGAAUCUCUUCACCUCAUUCAGCAUCAUGAUGAACAGUGACGCUGAGAGCACCAGCAUGGUCAAGGGUGCGGCGUUGAAAUAUGUUCCUACCAUUGUCAAUGAUGUCAAACUGGUCUUUGACCCAAAAGAGCUCAGUAAACUGUUCAGCGAGUUCAUCCUGAAGGUGCCACCAGGUCGCUUGGUCAAGCAGAAGCUCUACUGCAUGAUCGACAUCGUCCACAGUGACCUCUUCACUCAACAUGACUGCAGAGAGAUCCUUCUGCCACUCAUGACUGAUCAGCUGAAGUUUCACUUGGAGCAGCACGAGGAGCUGGAGGCCUGCUGCCAGCUGCUCAGCAACAUCCUGGAGGUGUUGUACAGGAGUGAUGUGGGUCCAACUCAAUGGCAUAUUCAGAUCAUUAUGGAGAAGUUGUUGAGGACAGUGAACAGGACGGUGAUCUCACUGGGACGCGACUCUCCUCUCAUUGGCAGUUUUGUGGCGAGUAUGACGGCCACGCUCCGACAGAUGGACGACUAUCACUACUCUCACCUGAUCAACACCUUCGGCAAGAUGAGGACAGAUGUGGUGGACUUCUUAAUGGAAACAUUUAUCAUGUUCAAAGACCUCAUCGGGAAGAACGUCUACCCCACUGACUGGGUCAUCAUGAACAUGAUGCAGAACAAAGUCUUCCUGCGAGCCAUCAAUCAAUACGCAGCCGUGCUGAACAAGAAGUUCCUGGACCAGACCAACUUUGAGCUUCAGUUGUGGAAUAACUACUUCCACCUGGCCGUGGCCUUCCUUACCCAGGAGUCUUUGCAGCUGGAGAACUUUUCAAGUGACAAACGAGCGAAAAUCUUUCAGAAGUAUCAGGACAUGAGGCGCCAGAUUGGCUUUGAGAUCCGGGACAUGUGGUACAACCUGGGUCCCCACAAGAUCAAGUUCAUCCCUGAGAUGGUGGGACCGAUUCUGGAGAUGACACUUGUUCCAGAGAUUGAGCUUCGCAAAGCAACUAUCCCCAUCUUCUUCGACAUGAUGCAGUGCGAGUUCCACUUCACACGCAGUUUCCAAAGGUUUGAAAACGAGAUCAUCACGAAGCUGGAUCAUGAGGUGGAAGGAGGCCGCGGAGAUGAGCAGUACAAAAUUCUCUUCCAGAAGAUCCUCUUGGAGCACUGUAGGAAGCAUAAAUACCUGGCGAAGAGCGGGGAGAACUUUGUGAGUCUGGUGGUGCGUCUGCUGGAGAGGUUGCUGGACUACAGGACUAUCAUGCACGAUGAGAGCAAAGAGAAUCGCAUGAGCUGUACAGUUAACGUGCUGAAUUUCUACAAGGAGAUUGAGAGGGAGGAGAUGUACAUCAGGUACCUGUAUAAAUUAUGUGACCUGCAUAAGGAGUGUGAUAACUACACUGAGGCUGCCUACACUCUAUUGCUGCAUGCCAAGCUUCUCAAGUGGUCAGAAGAAGCCUGUGCAGCUCACCUGACUCAGAGAGAUGGAUAUCAAGCGAGCACUCAAGGCCAGCUCAAGGACCAGCUCUACCAGGAGAUUAUCAACUACUUUGACAAGGGAAAGAUGUGGGAGGAGGCCAUCAUACUGGGGAAGGAGCUUGCUGAACAGUACGAGAAUGAGAUGUUUGACUUUGAACAGCUCAGUGCUUUACUGAGAAAGCAGGCACAGUUCUAUGAGAACAUAGUGAAGGUGAUCAGGCCAAAACCGGACUACUUUGCUGUAGGAUAUUAUGGUCUGGGUUUCCCUUCUUUCCUCAGGAAUAAGAUGUUUAUCUACCGGGGGAAAGAGUACGAGCGGAGGGAGGAUUUUGAGGCGAGGCUGCUCACACAGUUCCCCAACGCUGAGAAGAUGAAGACCACCACUGCCCCCAGCGAUGAGCUCCGCCUUUCCUCCGGCCAGUAUAUUCAGUGUUUCACAGUGAAGCCGAUACUCGAGCUUCCUCCCAAAUUUCAAAACAAGCCUGUGUGUGAGCAAAUAGUCAGCUUUUACACCAUCAAUGAGGUCAUUAAGUUCCAGUACUCCAGACCCAUCCGCAAAGGCGAGAAAGAUCCGGAUAAUGAAUUUGCUAAUAUGUGGAUUGAAAGGACCACAUAUGUCACAGCCUACAAGCUCCCCGGGAUCCUGCGCUGGUUUGAAGUCAUCUCCGUCUCUGCAGAAGAGAUUAGCCCUCUGGAGAACGCCAUGGAGACCAUGCAACUGACCAAUGAGAAGAUCAACAACAUGGUCCAGCGCCAUCUCAAUGACCCCAACCUUCCCAUCAACCCCCUGUCCAUGCUGCUCAAUGGCAUUGUGGAUCCUGCCGUCAUGGGUGGAUUUGCUAACUAUGAAAAGGCAUUUUUCACAGAGAAGUACAUCCAGGAGCACCCUGAGGACCAGGAGAAGAUUGACAAGCUGAAGGACCUGAUCGCCUGGCAGAUCCCAUACCUGGCAGAAGGUGUGCGUAUUCAUGGUGAGAAGGUGACUGAGGCCCUGCGACCAUUCCACGAGCGUCUCGAGGCAUGCUUCAAACAGUUAAAAGAGAAGGUGGAGAAACAGUACGGUGUGAAAUCGCUGCCCCCAAUGUCGGAUGAGCGUCGUGGCACACGUCCACGGUCGAUGGUGCGCUCCUUCACCAUGCCCUCAUCUCAGAGACCACUGUCUGUCGCGUCUGUCACCUCCUUAUCAUCAGACAACUCACCCUCAAGGCCAGGAUCUGAUGGCUUUGCCCUGGAGCCCCUCUUGCCAAAGAAGCAGCACUUUAAGUCUCAGGACAAGCUGGACCGGGAUGAACCUGAAAAGGACAGGAAGGAGAAGAAGAAAGAAAAAAGAAACAGCAAACACCAAGAGAUCUUCGACAAGGAGCUGAAGGCCACAGACAUUCCCAUGCAGCCCACUGAGGCGGUCAUCCUGUCCGAGACAAUCAGUCCUCUGCGUCCCCAGAGGCCAAAGAGUCAAGUGAUAAAUGUGUUAGGGGAUAAGAGGCUCUCUGUGUCCCCAGGACCUGCUGUUCCCCAGACUACUUCUACUCUUCCUCCUCCCAUCACUCCAAGGGUCAAGCUCACCUUCAGCAUGCUCUCCUCCUCCAAUCUAGAACUGAAUGGGACAGGCUAUGGUGAGACUCCACCUCCUCUGCCAAUCAAAAGCAGUAUGGGUGAUUAUGGAAACCUGAUGGAAAACCCAGAGCUGGCCAGCCCAACCACACCACCUCCACCUCCUCUACAUCAGCGGCAUCUGCCCCCUCCACUGCCGAGUAAAACCCCACCCCCUCCUCCUCCGAAAGCCACAAGGAAGCAGACGUCCAUUGACUCGGGGAUUGUCCAGUGAGAAUGGCAGUAUAUCAGACAGAAACUUCGGCGCUUCCCCAGACGCUGAGCUUGGGUGAUUUUGAAUUGGCCUUACUGACAGUGUGAUAAAACCAAGAGUUCAUAGCAACUCCCUCAUCAUCUUCAUGCUGAAAGAGCUGGCCUGUCCAGGGACUCUCUCCUUUUUUUUCUUCCACUCACCAAUUAUUAGUCAAUGACUCAGCCUGGGUGGUAGUGCCAGGUACAUUGUCUGAUCCAUUUCACACAUCUACAGAUUUCAUCUGUAAAUGAAAUCAUCUGGUGAGGCAUGUGGCUAAAAUGAACAAAUCAUGACUUGACCUGUCUAGCAUCAGCAUGCAGGAGUUUUGCAGCAUUAGAAUAAUUGUUAGUUUAAUAGUCAGCUGAUUUAAUUAAGAUCUUUGGUCUUGCUUUUUUUCCUCUGUCGGACUUUAUGAUCAAAACAUGACCAACCACUCCAUCACUUAGGGAUCAUCACGUAAUCAGAAUAUUUUAUACCUUUCCACUCCUUUUUUUCAAUAUAUACACAUAUGUGUACAGAUGUUUGUAUAUAUGAUUUUUAUUUUAUAUAUUUUUUUUUUCUUCUGGAAGUGUAUUUUAUAAUGAUUGUAUUAAUAUUGGGGCAAAUUAACUAGCAUUUUUUUUUAUCCAAAAAGGGCUUUUUAGUAUUUUAAAUGACAGGGAUUGUAAAGUACUACUUUGUACUAUUAUUGAAUAUGUUCUUUUUUCUUUUUUUCCAACUUUUUUCUCUUCUUUUUUGGAGUGUACACAUCUAACUCCCACUGGCAUAUAUUUGUAUAGAAACUGUAAUGCUGUAACCUUGGAUUACAAUAACAGUGACUGUUCCAAAUUCACUACUGACUUUAAUAAACUCAUUGUAUGUAUUUUUAAACAUUUGGGGCUGUGCUGACCCAACAGUAUGGUUAAAAUUAAUCUGAACUGUAUUUCUGGUGCCUUGUUCCUGGUUAAAGUGUUGUUGAUUGCUGACUACAGGUAAUGGAAUUGGACUUUUCCCACAUUCAUUCUUAUACAUUCCGUCUGCAAGUUACUUCACAUUAAAGGGCAAUGGUGCAAUCACAGGCCUAUGUAAGUUGAUCAAGUGCAGCUAUAUUUACCUGUAGUUGAGAACAGAAACAAGCCAAACAGUUACAUCAUUCUCUCUAAUUUAGACUGAUCUAAAGGAGGUAUAGGAAUUGGGAGGCAUGCAUUUGUUGGUUUAAGGGUUGUCUUAAAAUCCGUAGCCAGUUGCAACAUGUUAAACUGUAAGUGAGACUCUAAAGUUGAUCAAAAAUUGUACAAUAAAAGUUAAAACAAUGUGUCAAA